GAGGCGGCUUCGGGACAUGCACAAUCGGGGAAAGGAGCGGAGGGAGGAGGAAGCCUGAAGCUGCAGUCGGAGAGACAAGUUAAUGACAUUCCUGUCUCCGACCUACCUCACAGGGUUCUUGGGAAGGCUGCGGAGUUGACGCGCGCGCUUUGCGCUGAGAACAUUCUAAAACGGCGUUUGAACGGGAAAGGGGCCGGAGGUCAGUGUCAGAGCGGCGUCGUGGCAGACAGAAGGUCUCAGGAGCAGGGGAAAAUGAAUGAAAUCAAGGAGAGCCUGCGGAACAUCGAACAGACUUACAAGAUCUUCCAGCAACAGCAGUUCACCUUCAUUACUGCACUGGAACACACCCGAGAGAAUGCCCAUGACAAAAUCAAGCCUGUGUCAAGCAUCGGACAGGUGCAGACCUACACGGACCAUUACUGCAACAACUCCACUGACAAACGUAUCCUGCUCCUGUUCCUCAGCAUCUGCAGCGACUUGAACAAACUUUGCCAACGGCUGGAAUCCCUACACCCUGGUAACAGUGUCACCAAUGCCCUCUUGGACAAGUGCAAAACGUUGGUGAGCCACAGCAAUGACCUCAGUGGUAUCAGAGCCAAGUACCCUCACGAUGUUGUGAACCACCUCAGCUGCGAUGAAGCCCGGAACCAUUACGGCGGUGUGGUGAGCCUCAUCCCCAUCGUCCUCGACAGCAUGAAGGAGUGGGUGGCUCACACUGAGAAGCUCCCGCGGAACAUGUUACACAGUGUGAGUGCCCGGAAGGCCGCCGUCUACAACCAGGCAGAGCUGCCCAUUCGCCGUGUGGGCGACCGCGACCACUUAGGCCGGCCCGCUUUCAUCACCGAGGGCACUCAGACCUACAUUAGCUUGACAGAAAAGGCCAGGGAGAGGGAGGACAGGAGGGUUAAACUAAAGCAACUGGGUGGCCUAGGCAGGGCCAUCCGGAAGUUUCUCGACGGGCCCUGGAGACCGCCUGGCAAACACGCAUUUUAAAAAAAGAGAGAGAGAGUAAAGACCAAAAAAAGAAAAAGAAAGCAGCCUGCUCGCUUAGCAUCCGGCGAUUAAAACAGUCUCCCUAUAUUUGCUUCAGUUAUGCCCUUUCCUGAGGGGGAAAAGAAAGAGAUACAUCUGCUUUGGUAGCGACAAGCAUGAUCUAUCUUAUCCCUUUCUUGGAGCAGGUCACCCUCAGAUGAAGAUACUUUAGCCUACUCAACACUGUUCGAGUAAUCCCAGCUUUAGAGCAGACUAGGCCUACAGAAUUAAUGGCCUACUGUGGUGAAAUUAGGCCACCACCAAAUACUGGUGUGGUGUCCGCCAGGCACUUAAUGAUACCUCAAGUUGUGGGGAGGCAGGGGAAGGUUUAGUGGGCCACCAUAUCAGAGCACAGGGUUUUGAUUCACCUUGACAGCUGCCCCUCUUCUGCACUUCUUAUAGGCUUGAGUGUUACAUGUCUGCCCAGUGUGAACCUCUGGCCAAAUCAUGACUCUAACAUGGGUGACUUAUUUAGCUGGGGAAAGAGGUGGUAAAACAACCAGAGAAAGGAGGAUCCAUCUACACAUUUUUGAGAGGGUGGAAAUACCCUUAAAAAGAAAUAAAAAACUUGUACACCCACUUAGAGCUCACUACUACCUGGCACCAGUUAAACCAGGAUACACUGAGUUUCUGGAAGAACUGAAUUUGGUUGAGUAAAGCUUUUUGACACACAGAAGGAAAAGCACAGGGCAGGAGAGGAGUAUUUUUGUACUUAAGUAAGAUUCCAGGUCACCUCAGGAGACUUGGACCACUUUUCAAGGCAGAAUUGCACUUAAAAAAAAAAUUUAAGCACCUCUGGAAAAAUGAGGGCUUGACUACUCACAGAAACAUAAAAAAGAGGGGGGGGGAAACACAUUUCCAGCAUGCCAGGCUCUCUCUCCCUCUUGCAAACUCACACCAACUUCUGCCAGGGGUGGGGUAGGGAGUAUCCAUUGUUUUCAAGAAAUGGAGCAUUUUAACAUUAGAUCUUGUCAGUACAACUCAACUCCUUUUGUCUGAUUAUUUUUCUUUCCCCUCCUCGCAGGAUCCUUAGCUCCUGUUUUUUUGCCUCUUGCCGGAAGAUGCUUCUGAAUAAAGCUGUUUCCCCUGCAA